AUGGCGGGAGCCAUGAGCACGAAAAGUAGAAUAGUGGAAACUUUGGAUGAUUUGGAGCUUAUUUCAAGGGAGCUGAUUGAACUUCUAGCAGCAUCCAAGCAGCAGAGAGGCAGUAGUGGAGGGGACAGUGGGGAGGAACAACAGAUGCUAGAGCUGCUGAUAGAGAAAGAUGAAGCACUACAGGAGUUACUAAAAACAGCCCGUGAACAAGGUGAAAGACACAAGGAGAUGCUGGAUCUUCAGACACAGGCAGAGAAGAGAGACAGAGACAUCAGACAGCUACAGAAACAACUGAAGGAAGCUGAACACAUAUUGGCCCAGGCCCUGUACCAGGCUAAGGAGAAACUAAAGUCUGUCAACAAGGCAAAUGAAAGUGGAGCAGGAUCAAUCUCCUCCGAGGAGCUAAUCCGCUACGCCCGCCACAUCAGCGCCAGCCACUCCGUCGCUGCGCCCGUCAACUGGGCGCCGGGCGACCCCAGACGACCCUACCCCCAGGACAUCGAGAUGCGCUGCGGCAUCCUGGGAAGACUCAGCAAACUGCCCAUGAACGGCCACACCCCCCUCCCCGAGGCCGGCACACCCGGGAUGGUGAUGCUCACUUCCCAACAUUCCACAGCAGGGGUCAACACCGCACAAGGUAAGUACUCACAGUUACAAACUUUAUUGUGAUUGGAUAGUAGCUUCAUAUAGUUUGUAUCAAUCCAGACAACGUUAUCACAUUUGUACUAUUUUACGUUAGGAAUGGUAAAAGCGCUAUGAUCAAAUUGUUGUAAAAUUCAUGCCUGAGUUAGGCGUUUGUGCUU